GGGGGCACAUAGUUUAAUAAUUUUACUAGGGAAGCUAGUAAAGGCCCUUCCAACGCAGCGGAACUCAUUCAGAUGUCCACGUGCAUCGGAUCGCGGCUAAUUACACAUCGAUGCUGUCACGCUGAAUGUUUGUUUACAGGCCAGUCUUGCGCACGGUUAUUUCUACAAUAGUAAAAACACAGGGCGGGCGCCAGAAUUGCAGCUGCGCUUGCUGUCGGCUAAAUCCUUCCUACAAAAACCCAGGGGCGGCUCGGGCUUGGAACGCGCGCGGCUCUCCAGUCCUGCCAGUGUUCCGGCGUUCUAAAGGCGCGUUCAGGGCCCGCAAACGUGGCUCCCGGGGAAGUCGCUGCUGGGCCGGCGCGCGCGCAGGGGCAGGCAGGAAGGGCGCCAGGUGUCGAGCGAGCGCUCAUUAAAGGGUGUCCGCGGCGCCCGUGACCUUCCCGGGAGGCCUGCCAUGCCACAGGAAGAAGAGAGUGGGGAAAGAGAGGAUGACAUGCCAGACAGAACAGAGUACUAUUUGGACUCGUUGUUAAGUGAUGCUUUUAAAGGGGGAGGGUUUCAGAAGAUAAAUGAAAUGGUCCAAGAAAAGGAUAUUUAUCCUCCCCAGAAGUACAACAAACAGUUACUAAAUCAGCUGGAUAAAGUUCUUAAGAAGGAAUUAGACAAAAAUGAAUUCUCAAAUGUGUCCCUAUUGUUGAAAUGCAUUCAGCUGUACUGUAGAAGUGAUCCUCAAGAAGGUGCAAAUCAACUUCUUCAGCAGGGAUUAGUAGCAAAGAUGGUCACUUGGUUUGAAAGGACAAGAGAAUUUUUAAGCCUGAUAGAACCAAAAGAAAGCAAAUUCUUGGUAAAUCUUGUUGAAGACUUCUUUGACACAGCCUUGAUUAUUGGCAAAAGCAACUCUGAAGGGAGAAAACAGUUGCUAGAGUCCUUUAUACCAUAUUUGGGACACCUGGCUACAGAGUCUAAUCUGAAUUGUGCCCUUCGGCAGGAGGCUCUAAGGACCUUAAACACCCUCUUAGAUAAUGUUGCACGAGAGGAAAGAAAGAAGUUUGCUGUGUCUGAAGAAAUGUCCCUGCUUACGAAAGAACUUGCAAAAACAAUUCUGGAUGUUGGUGACUAUGACAUCCAGGUGGCUAUUGUGGAAGCCCUUUUCAGGCUCAUGCUGAAAAAAUGGAGAGAUGACCUUGUACACAAAUGGUUUGAAGACCAACACAUAGCAAAGGCUUUUAAGGAAAUCAAAGAUAGAGACUUUGAGACAGAUACCAGGAAAUUUCUUAAUGAACUAAAUGAAAGACUUGGGGAUAAAAGAAGGGUCUGCUCAAUUCCAUGCAAAGCUGCUCAUGCUGACAUGAAUAUGUUAAAUAAGCCACUUGAUGACAAACUGGAGGAGUUUUGGAUUGACUUCAAUUUUGGAAGUGAGAGCAUUACUUUCUACUUAGAGAGCCCUGAGGGUGCUCUUUGGGAAUCAGUCAGGUUGGCAAAGGAAGAUGUUAGUAGCUACUAUCUGCAAGAGGAAGCAGAGGAAAAUAUUCUUAAAAUAUUUCUGAAGAAUUCAACUGUAAUCAACAAAAAAGAAGCAACAAAGAUAAAAAUUCACUUUGAUAGCCAGCUGGAUAUUUUGACGCCGCUCCAUAAUGUAAUGGGGAAUGACAAAAUGAUGGUACUGCUGGACAAAGAUUAUGAUAACUACAAUCCAGAUCAGCCACAGCAUGCCACAACAGUAGAAAGUACUAAUGUGGAAGAAACAGAAGAUGCUUUGGGUAUGGAUUCCGUGUCAGAUAUUCUGAGGUCCCAGCAAAGUGAACACUCUGUUACAACUAUAGCACAGAAGAUCAUUCCUCCUGUGGAUGCCACACCAGCUACAGAGAGCCAGGAAACAGAAAGAGAAAAUAGUGGUCAAGCUUCCGAUGAUGUAGCUGUAGUUGCCCUGUCAUGCUCAACAAAUACGGUAAAAGCUCCCUCACAGAAUGCAAGUGCACUGGAAGGUUCUCCGCUAAAACAAAAUGCUAAGACCAUUGAGCCAGGUGAGGAAAGAGAAUCUGAUAUCCAGGCAGAAGAAAUACUUUCCUUAGAGGAUGGUGCUCCAGAGAAGAGAAACAGAGCAAGAAGUUCAAGCAAACAAAUUACGGAAACAAAGAAGGAUGCAUAUGAAUUUGAACAGUCGUCUGACUCUGUGGCCCAUGAGAUGGUAUCUGAGAUGAAGCAAAAAGUAUUUGUCCAGAAAACUACUCUGCAGAGGAGUUCUGAAAAAGGAAAAUUGGAGCUGAGCAAGUCUGAGAGAAGGCUGUCUACCAGCUACAAGAAUCAUCUGUUUUCAGAAAGCAACCAAGAAACUCCAAGCAACAGUACAAGUGAGAAAAGCUGGAUACUGGACUCUCAGAAAAAGUCAACACCCAAAACAGUUGACUAUACCCGUAAAAGGCCAAGGGUCAGAAGCAGUUUAAAAGUACUGCCGUUGUCUUCUCCAAGCAGUGGCAGUGAUCAUCACUCAAAGAAACUGGGAAAUUCAGCACUGUACAGAGAAAAGGUAAAGAGAAGAACAAAGCCAAGUGCCACAGAGAUGCAUAACUUUGCAGCUGUGCAGCCCCCUGGAAUUUCAUCAACUCCUUUAUCACACAUUAAACAAAAUGCCUUGGAUAUGGCGGAGGCCCCUUUGCCAUUAAGCAGUCAUUCUUCUCCCAGUAAUUCGGAUGUUGGAGAAAGCACGAAAUAUGAAGCGGCAUCUAGCACUCUGCCUCUGAAAGAUAAAGUCUUCAUAUCAAAGCGGAAGCUUUCAGAUUCGUUAGUUGGUCCCAAUAAGAAGCACUCAAAACGCCCUGAGAGGACACCUAGGAGUAACUGCUCUCCCAGCAUUCUAUUUGAACCAAGAAGACUCUUUAAUUCCCUAGAGGUGGAAGAGGAGGCUGAAAAAGGGAAACCUUCAAAUGAAUUAAAGGAUGAUACAUUUUUCACAAAGACAUUUGAGGAAGAAAUUGGGGAUUCAGGAGUCAUUGCUGCAUUUGAGAACUUCACAAGUGAAUUAAAGAAAACAUUUUGGUCUAGGUACAAGAAGAUGGAGAUUUACACCCAAAAUGUCCUGAAGGCACCUGGACAGAAUUUAUCUGACUUGCUGAGUCAAAUCCAUCAAAGUCGGCUGAAUGAAUUGGAGAACUUCCACAAGAUUGUUGUUCAGGAACUUGACAACCUUGAGAAAAGAACACAGUUUCUCUUGAGCCUUGAAAAAGAUACUGUGGAAUUUUGGACUGAACAAUCCAACAAAUUGAACAGUAAGCUGAAUGCUUUUUGCAUUCAUCAAAUGCAGAGGAUGCAGUCCAUGGAUUCAGUCCUGGACAAGAAGCCUGGAUGAUACUACCCAAAAUAUAAAGCUUCACAAAGGAGUAGAUGACAAAGAAGAGAGGAACAAGAUUUUUGCCGUUACUUCGGACUAAAAUUCAUUUAAGCAAAUGUAGAAGGCCUCCAUCAGAUGUAGAUGGUAUCUGAAUAAUUUUUAAAAGACAUUGGAUAAGUACCUUCAAUCCACACUUAUCAUAAGUCAUUCACACUACUCACUGCUAACUUUAAGGCUAACCUGAGUUAAAACUUUUUUCUUGCCCACCAGGGGAUAGUAUUGAGGAGUUUUCAGAAUUAGAUUGCUGAAACGCAGAGUAUACCUGAUAUUCCACAUCAAAUCAUGAUUUAUUUCCAGUCUUAAAGCAGUCAGUUAUAUUGGGUGUAUUUCAUAACUGUAAGAUCUUACUCUGUCAGAAGUUUUGUAAACAAAUUAAAGAUAUGACUGC